AUGGUAAGUAUAAAGACUGAGGUAACCAUGGCUGACAACGGCGAUGAUGACCAGUGGUUGUAUGGGGACUCAAAUUCAAAUCUUGACACUGUCGGUGCCUUAGUCGAAGAUAUUAAGCCAGCUGAACCAAUUGGUAUUUUAGAAGAUGAGGAAGCACGUCUUAUGGAGUUCUUGGCAAAUCCUGGACCAGGAAGUAUAGAUAUCCCACCCACUGUAAAAGAAUUAGAUGAUGAGGAUCCUAAUCGACCUCGAAGUCCAGAAACAUUUUUAGGGGGGCCAGCAAUCCAAGCUGAGGUACUGGUUAAACGUUCAGAACAUUCACUUGAAACUAACCUGGUAGAGACUGCAACUGAAGUGGACAUUAAUGUUCCUGAAAAAGUAGCUGAAGAGAAUAAUGAAGAUACACAAAUGUUAUCCGAAGAUAGUGAAGAAGAUAGUGAUGACGACAUUGUUGUGGCAGCUGGGAAUUUUACAUUGUCUUCAAUGGAAAAUAAUAUGGUGUCCCUUUCACAGCAAAAUAAUGCAAGCCCAUCAACUGCUGGAAUUAAUUUAAAACGAAAUAACUUAUUAACAUUAACAAAUAUUCCUGGAAUGUCAUCUGGAAAUAAACAUCAAGGAAAAUUUAAUGUAGAAGAUUUUGAAAGUAUGGGCACCAUAAAUGGUGUUCCUGCUCAUGAAUAUUCUAUUGAAACUACUGAAGAAAAACCAUGGUUGAAGCCAGGUGCAGAUAUCACAGAUUAUUUUAAUUAUGGAUUUAAUGAAAAUACAUGGUUGGCAUAUUGUGAACGCCAAAGAAAAAUGCGUUGUAAUGAAUCAUUAGUUGGAAUGUCAACAUUGGCUAUGCAUAAUCAACAAGUUUCCAUAAGUGCUACAAAUAAUAAUAUGAUUCCUACUUUGGAUGUUAAAUCUAGUACAAAAUUUCAAACACCAAAUGUUCCACCUAAGGAAAACACUAUUGAGGUUAUGACAGCCGAGAGAAGAGAAUACAGUCGUAAACAUUUUUCAACUCCUGAUUUAUCAGUACCUCCUCCAAUAAUUCCAACAAAUUUUGAUGUACCUCCACCAAUGAUUCAAAAUUCUAUAAAUUCUAUACCACCCCCUGGAUUUGGUCCUCCACAAAUAAAUGUACCUUAUGAACCAGAAUACUAUCCUCAUGAACCAGAUCCAUACUAUAAUACAUUUGAACCUACUCAAGAUAUGCAAUGGAAUCAAAGCUGGAACUCGAACGUUAAAAGUAUAGAGAACAUUCCAACCCUGUCAAAUGGAGAUUCAUACAACAAAGCAAGACCAGAUUUGGUAAGAGAUAAAGAAUAUUAUGCAGCAAGAGUUAAAAAAGAACCAGAAGAAAGGGUAUAUGAACGAGAUCGUGAGAGUCGCAAUCGAUAUCGUGAAAGGGAUCGAGAGAGAGAUCGUGAACGUGAUAGAGACAGGGACAGGGAACGUAGCAGACAUAGAGAAAGUGAUGGUGUUGAAAGUCCAGAAACAAGUUAUAAAGAAGAGAGAGAAUAUAAACACAAGUCUCAUCGUCAUCGCUCUCGAAGUCGUAGUCACGAAAAGCGUUCUAGGAAACACAAGUCUCGUAGUAGAAGUGGGUCUAGACAUCGUCACAAAAAGAAGAAAAAGAAGUCUGAGAAGAACAAGGAAGAUGAUAACAGUGAAUAA